AAGGCGCAGGUCGGCAAAAUCUGGUAUGUGUCGGACUUGGAGAAACUGCUCUUUACCAAUCUUCCAUCCAGUUAUGAGACCUACAUGCGAUGCAAUUGGUUCCCGAAGGCUAGCUGUAUCACGCAUUACUCUACAAGGCCCUUGCAGAAUAUUGUACAGCCCUCCGUGGUCUUUCGAAAUACUCCGACCCACUGUCUUCGAGUAAAUAUCCGUCAAAAAACUUCUGCAUUCGUACUCCAUAGAUCUGUUUCGACAUCCAUUCAACGAAACACUUUUUCCGACCCUUUCGACACCUCCGACCAUCUGCUCUCUGGGACCAACACAAACGAACACGACUUAACACCUUCCCAGCUCUCCCGUGCAGUGUGGCAAUCAGUUCGUCUUGCUCUACAGACGCAGGAUCUACAUACCGCCUAUAUCAUUGUGGAAUCUGCUCGCCUCUCCAAUAAACCUCUUCUCCACAAUGCACCUUCCAAACGCUACCGCGCGAGUGGAAUAGAGUUCUAUCGACCAGUGUCUUCAAGGCUCGCUGGCCAUGCUCUAGUACACGGCCUGCUUCGCCUCGGUUUGCCUCGCAGAGCCCAAGUAGCUGCGAAGAUAUUGAUGGACAACGGUGUACCGUUGAAUCCCAAAACGUUCGAAGCCGUUCUCGAGGCCUUGGUAACCUCUGAUGGAAACAUCCCGCGUUCAACUGGGAACGAGCUAUUCAAUUUCCUGAAAACUCUUCUUCCGAAAAGCACUAUACUAUCCCUGAACCCAACUUUCACUGGAGGAAGGGGUAGCCGUGCCGCCUUGCAUCUGUUCAUGUCUGCACGUAAUAUGAAGCAGCAGCAGCGAACAGAGCGUAUGUAUCGGACACUCAUCGGUUCCUUCUUAUUCCACGGAGAGCUUAUAGCCGCUUCACUUCUCAUCACCAUAAUCCUGAAGGAUUGUGCUGUCCGAGAUGCUAUCGGGCGUCAACUUGCUUCCCCUGAUAUAAAGGAGGAUGCCAAGCUUGAGCAGGAAUCAUUGGUACAUUACCGCUUCCUACGCAGGUCAUCGCCCUCACCUCCAUUUGAUAUUUUGAAAGACCUGGUAGAAUCAAUUGCGGGUGUUUUGUCCAGGGAUCCAGUUGAAGAUGAUGCAUAUCAGAUAUCUUUCCAAGCAGCCCUGCAAGCGCUAGCGAAUCUUGCGUACUUGUUCGACAUCCGUCAAAUUCCUUAUUCCCAUCUCUCGUCCUUGAUACGCUUGCUCUAUAACUGUCCCAAAGGAGAUGAUCUGGUCUGGGUAACGAAGAUAGACGGUCAUCCUGUGCAGGUAAAGGCCUAUGAUUAUUUUCAUCAUGUCUUAGAGCGCAUUGUCCGCUAUCCACCUCGAAUGCGGAUCGAGAAAACGAAGCCAAAUAAACUCUUGACUCGCUGGAAACCGGUUCUGGACAACUCUCGGCCGCUUGAUUUACCCGCCUGCAACUCCCUUCUACAUUACGCUCUUCGCCACCGUCUUUCUCCGAGUUAUGCCAAUAAUAUCUUGCAGUACAUGCAAGAUCCAUUCUGGAAGCACAGUGGAUACCGUCGUCCUAUCCCGAACACAGUAACCUAUAAUAUUAUCCUAUCUGCCGGUCGUUUGCUCCGCUCUCCAAUAAUGGUAGACACAGUUCUCCGCAUGUUGAAAGACAUGAACGAACACGGGCUUGGCACUAUCGACCUUUCUCCGGCUGCGUCGCCUGCGAAUUUCGAUCUCACUCGAGGUUCUUCGAACGACCGUUUCUCGUCAGCCCUCAGACGAUUAGGCUCAGAGUCCCACGAGCUUUCUUUACCGUGUCCCCCAACAACGAAGAAACUCGGCGCUGACACUCAUACUCUCACUGCCUACAUAACCUACCUUGUUUCCGUGGGUCGUGCAGAUGUUGUGCCUAACAUUCUGUUCGGUCUUUUACCCGAACUCGCCAUCGUCGAUCAUCCUUCCUGGGGAGACUUAGGACCUGAACAAAUCAAACAUCUCCGACAGCAAUCUCGUAUGGAUUGUCUUCGUCGCGUCGUCGCUUAUGGACCAUACUUUUUUGUUGCUAUUCUUAACGCCGUCGUGAAAGAUGGUCGGACUGGUCUUGCUGAGCGCGUCUGGUAUCUGGCCAAAGAAGCCGAGCGGGCGAGCUGGCUACCAGAAUUCAAUCACGGGCGUGAACCAUGGUGUCUGCCUGUCCACGCUUACACGCUCAUGCUUGUUUGUUACGGUAACGAGUCCCGUAAACACCCUUACCGGUCGCCGCUCCCCUCGACUGCCACCGCCUGGCAGCCCCGUUCGAAUCGCUAUGUCGUUGGCUGGGCGCAUUACAUCCAGCAACAAAAUGCCAGAUCCAGACAGCCUCUCGAUCGCUCUGUUGCUGGGCACAAGUCAGGCGUGUCUGUUUACCAAAGUAUGCUACGUGGAGCACGUUCGGUAUAUAAGGCCUUACAGGCGUUCAAAGUUAGCAACAACGACAAAGAAGUUCACUCUUGGGGGGAUCUUCAACUCCCAGAGCCUGAUGAGAGGUUCUUCAACGCCAUGUUACGCAUCGUAUCGAGGGAUGCGCGAAAGCGUCCUCGUCGCGCGCGCACAACCCCAUCACACUGGAAGCAGCACAUACGGUUCGCGAAUUGGCUGUACAGACAGUAUGGUCAAUCCCAGAGUCAGCAAAAUACAGACCUUAUUCUUCUUGUGGCGGAGGAUAUGGUUAAAGCUGGUUUCGAACUUCCCGUUGGAGUGCAAUAUAUGUUGAUCGGCCAGGAUAUUAAUAACCAAUUAUUGCGUCAACGUAGGCGGAGACCUGUAGUAUCGCGGUAUAGAGGUCCUUGGGCUUUCCCUGUUGCCCAAAUGGCCCAAACUCCGUUUGCACUACGUGUUGAAAAGCAGAAGGGACUCCCGUUGGGUCGUAUUCCCAACGUCUUGCGUAGGAGGAAAGGAAUAUCUAGGAGGCAUAAAGAGGAGUUUGCUUUCAUAGAAAAUAGAUAAUCCCCCUGUAAUUGAAAAGCGUGGCAAUUGAACCAAAAGUAGCAA